CAACCCUAGGAAUCACUUGCCGCCUCAUCUCUCUCUCUCUCUCUCUCUCUCUUCCAUUCUGCGCGUUUUGGUUUCUUCACCAAAACGACGCCGAUUUCGUAGAAGUUCCGACGCAACCCUAAUCCUGCCAUCUCCAAACAGUUCCUCUCUUUCUUGCCUAACUACAGGGCAAAGAUGAGAUUGGAGAAGUGCUGGUUCUGUUCUUCUACUGUAUAUCCGGGACACGGGAUUCAGUUUGUUCGUAAUGAUGCAAAGGUAUUUAGAUUUUGUCGAUCAAAAUGCCACAAAAACUUCAAGAUGAAGAGGAAUCCUCGUAAAGUGAAAUGGACAAAGGCGUACAGAAGGUUGCAUGGAAAGGACAUGACUCAGGAUGCAACAUUCGAGUUUGAAAGGAAGAGGAAUAGGCCUGAGAGAUACGACAGGAAUGUGACGGAGAACACUCUCAAGGCAAUUAAGAAGAUCGAUAAAGUCAGAGUUGACCGUGAGGCCAGACACCACAAGGAGAGGAUGAAGGGAAAGAAGGAGCAGUUGAGGAAAGAGGGAGUGAGAGAACUGGAUCAGAGUAUUCACAUGAUCAAAGCACCUGCUGCUCUUCUAGAAGAUCCUUCACUCACAAUACCGAAACUCAAGGUCAAGGUUUCCCAAGACAAAGCAGAAGCCACUCGUAUGGAAGAGUAAUUUUUGCAUUUACAUUAGCUUGCUUGCCCGAGUUUAAAACGAUUUGUCGUGUAUUCAUCCAAUGUUGCCUUUUGUUUUCUUUUUCUUUUUUUUUUUUUUUUUUGUAACUUGUACGACUCGGUGCCCAAAUUUUGGUCAGGUUUUGUUCCUUCGAUGAAUAUUUUAGUCUCGGUACUUAUUUCUUUUAGGGCCCUUUUGGUUUCUAUGAUGGGAUUGGGCGGAUUAUAUAAACUAAGUUGGAUUACAAUGUUUCUACUAUUUAAUAAUUUUCAAAUUCAUGUUUGGUUUA